AUGAAUCCUACUGAUCCGGACGCAACGUCAUUCUUUUGCUUUGACCGGGUAGACGAUCACGCACUCGCGGAACUUGAUGUGGGAAAUCGCCUAGAAGCAUGGGAAUGCGCACUUCGACUGGCAAUGACUGCAGUCCUUGGCCCCCGAACCAUCAACGAAAAGAAAUUCACAGCGUGGUAUACGGAACUCGUGGCACUGGGACUGGAAUGGGACUUAUCAGCGAUGACGGUGUCAAUGCUUACUUCGAAGAACCAGAAGACCCGAUCUUUACGCCGUGUUUGCUCAUGCAUCCGACCUGCAAAGCCAUUCUUUCAACGGUCCCCAGGAAACCGAACCAUCACGCUAACACGCGACGCCGAACUCGAUCUCACGUGGUUUGAGCACAUUCUUCGCUUCAGUCGUCUCCGGGGUGUUCCGCUCGAGUUUUUCUCAGAUCUCCCCGACCCGAAUGUACACCUCUACAUGGAUGCCAGCGACUUGGGUCUGUGUGUAUUGCACCCAGCUCGGCGUAAAUUCAUCCGUAUCCUAUUUGACGACGAGGACAAGGUGCUAAUUCAACAAGACAAGUUCAGUAUCAACCUUAAAGAACAACUUAGUGCAGUACUUGCUGUGCUAUGCAGGGGCGGCCAGUGGAGUUCCCAUGAUCGAGCUUCUCUCAACCACGAGAUGAAUACAAUUCUCGGAGCAGCAGAAGCACAACACGGCUUACGAAUAUCGGCUAAGCAUCUCGCAGGGACAAGCAAUUAUCGCGCUGAUUUGGGAUUGCGUGCAUGGAGAUCGUCCCAGCAGUUGACAGAAGUUUUCCCAUUGUCGCCAUGUUUACUCAUAUUGCCGUCGAGAGGCAUCUGCAAGGGAGUGUUGCUGAAGAGCGACCAGCUGGCGGCGUAG